ACUAAACUUAGCAGCCAGUCAUUUCUUGUGUUUUACCGGCUUAGCCGGUCAUUUCUGGGUUUUUUUAGUUUUUGUGAUCAAACUUACUAAUUACCCAUUUUUGUAUAUGAAUAAUUUCUGGGAUUAUUAUUCAUAUAAUUAUUAUAAUUAUAUAAAUAUAAAUAUCUAAUAAUAACCUUGUUUUGGUGGGAGCUGUCUCUUUUUUCUCUCCAUUUAUUGCUCCAGUGAAGUUGUGGGUUUUUAUUAUACGAGGAUUUCAGAGGCAAAAUACGACACCAGAUCUUUUACACUUGAACCUUUUGCCUUUAAGAAUGUCUGGGAUGUCAGUUGAAGUUCCCCAGAAUGGAAAUAUAAGCCCACUCGAUGUUCCAUAUGCACUAGAUGAAACUGAAGAUUCUGACUUUUCAAAGCUGUUAGAUAAGCCAAGGACUUUGACUUUGGAGAACAGACAAAGAUCCCUCGAUGAAAGGUCUCUUCAUGACUUCCUUACGUCACCUCGGGUUUCAACUAAAAAUGCUGAUAAUAUUAGCCGCUUAGCAGAUCAUCUAGAAAAUAUUGUUUGCUCUGGUCGUCGUUCUGGUAUCAACACCCCAAGGUCUGGUUUUAGUACCCCUAGGUCACGUUCUAGCUUUGAGCCUCACCCGAUUGUUGGUGAAGCCUGGGAUGCAUUGAGACGUUCUUUGGUUCACUUUCGUGGUCAACCUGUAGGGACUAUUGCAGCCUUAGAUAGUUCCGAGGAAAAAUGCAACUAUGAUCAGGUCUUUGUUAGGGAUUUUGUUCCAAGUGCUUUGGCUUUUUUGAUGAAUGGGGAACCAGAAAUUGUUAAAAACUUUCUUCUGAAAACUCUGCGCCUGCAAUCAUGGGAGAAAAAGAUAGACCGGUUUCAACUGGGAGAAGGAGUGAUGCCAGCUAGCUUUAAAGUUUUCCAUGACCCAGUGAGAAAUCACGAAACUUUGAUCGCAGACUUUGGCGAAAGUGCAAUAGGAAGAGUUGCCCCUAUUGAUUCUGGAUUCUGGUGGAUCAUAUUGCUUCGAGCAUACACAAAAAGUACAGGAGAUACUUCAUUAGCUGAAAUGCCGGAUUGUCAGAAGGGUAUGCGUCUUAUUCUCAGUUUGUGUCUUUCUGAGGGUUUUGAUACAUUUCCGACUCUCCUCUGCUCUGAUGGUUGCUGCAUGAUAGAUCGCAGAAUGGGUGUUUAUGGAUAUCCACUUGAAAUCCAAGCCCUGUUCUUUAUGGCUUUAAAGUGUGCUUUAGUUUUGCUAAAGCAAGAUGUUGAGGGGAAGGAGUUCAUUGAGCGGAUUGUCACACGUCUAAAUGCUUUGAGCUUUCACAUGAGAAGUUAUUAUUGGAUGGACUUCAAGCAGCUUAAUGAUAUAUAUCGAUACAAAACAGAAGAAUACUCUCAUACUGCAGUAAACAAAUUCAAUGUGAUGCCAGAUUCUCUUCCAGAAUGGGUCUUUGAUUUCUUGCCUACUCGCGGUGGCUACUUCAUAGGAAAUGUCAGCCCUGCAAAAAUGGAUAUCCGUUGGUUCUGCUUGGGGAACUGUAUUGCAAUCCUUUCAUCCAUGGCCACACCAGAACAGUCCACUGCUAUCAUGGAUCUUAUAGAAGCAAGGUGGGAAGAAUUGGUUGGUGAGAUGCCACUAAAAGUUUGCUACCCAGCCAUUGAAAGCCAUGAUUGGCGCAUUGUUACAGGAUGUGAUCCUAAGAAUACACGAUGGAGCUAUCACAAUGGGGGAUCCUGGCCAGUGCUCAUAUGGCUCCUUACAGCUGCAUGCAUCAAAACUGGACGCCCACUGAUAGCAAGACGGGCCAUAGAACUUGCAGAGUCACGGUUAUUGAAAGACAACUGGCCUGAGUAUUAUGACGGGAAGCAAGGGCGAUACAUUGGGAAGCAAGCCCGAAAGUGUCAGACAUGGUCCAUUGCUGGUUAUCUAGUGGCAAAGAUGAUGCUAGAGGAUCCUUCACAUUUGGGUAUGAUCUCUCUGGAGGAAGAUAAACAGACGAAGCCUGUCAUGAGAAGAUCAGCUUCCUGGACCACCUAAUUCAAGAAUUGUUCCUUUUAAUUAGCUUAGGGUGUAGAACCUAGCUCACUGUACACCAGGAAUUGAGAUUUCUUUGCUUUAUGCCUUUCUGUACAUGCACAUUUCUUGCUUAGGUGAUCCCCUUCCCCAUGAUUGGUCGUGAUCGAAUUAUAUGAUGCUACUUGGUGCAUAGUGCAUGCGAUUCACACACACCAGAUGGCCGAGUGCAUGUAACUCGUACAUUGGAGGUGCAUAAUGUUUAUUUGCACCUGGUUCAUAGGUAUACACACGACUGAUUUAUGGUGAAAUUAGCUGGAAGGAUAAAGGCCAUUGCCUCGAAAUAAAAUUGUUUUUCGAAAUAUAGAUUUGACAUAGUAUUCCA